CAGAGCGCCACCGGUAGGUGAGUGCGCAGGCGCGGCGACGUCACUGACACGCGACCGGGCUGGUGCCGGGGGAAGAGUCUGCUGAGGGAUGCCCAAGAAGUUCCAGGGCGAGAACAGCAAGUCGGCAGCUGCCCGAGCACGGAGGGCUGAAGCCAAGGCGGCAGCUGAUGCCAAAAAACAGAAGGAGCUGGAAGAUGCUUACUGGAAGGAUGAGGACAAACACGUGAUGCGAAAGGAGCAGCGCAAGGAGGAAAAGGAGAAGCGACGCCUGGAACAGUUGGAACGCAAGAAGGAGACACAGCGCCUGCUGGAGGAGGAGGACUCACGGCUUAAGGGCGGCAAAGCCCCUCGGGUGGCACCCGCCAAGGUCACCCGCGCGCAGAUUGAGGACUCCUUGCGCAGAGAGCAGCGAGUGGAGCCAGCAGUGGAGAAGGCCAAGAGCCACCUGGAGCUACCGCUGGAGGAGAACCUGAACCGGCGCAUGCAGGAAGAGGGCAGCGUGGAGGCUCGCACUGUAGAGGAUGCCAUAGCAGUGCUCAGUGUGGCAGAGGAUGCAGACCGGCACCCCGAGCGUCGCAUGCGCGCAGCCUUCACCGCAUUCGAGGAGGUACAGCUGCCAAGGCUGAAGCAGGAGAACCCCAACAUGCGGCUGUCGCAGCUGAAGCAGCUGCUGAAGAAGGAGUGGUUGCGCUCCCCCGACAACCCCAUGAACCAACGUGCAUUGCCCUUUAAUGCACCCAAGUGAUGAAACCAGGUCCAAGUACAGUUUGUCCAGCUCCAGCUCCUGUGAGUCCAGGCGUCCUCCUCCAGCCAGGCCUGCCUGGGCAUCCAGAUAGUUCUGAUCCUGGAGCUCUUCUGGCUGCAUUAUCUGUCACUCUCAAUAAUCCAGAGGGUCCCUGCUCUGAGCGACACCCAGCCCAUGUUCCCUAUGGAGCCUGGCUGAGCAUCCGCCCAAUAAAGGUUGUGGAGAGGCUG